GCAAUAAUAAAUUGGCUGGUAGGGCACCAUUCUCCAGAACCUGCUUAAACUGAGACCUGAAUGAGAAGUAAACCUGAGAACAGUCAAGGAGAGCACACUGGAUAUUCAAAGAGAAGACACUGAGCAUCCAGAGAGAAGACACUGAACAGUCAAAGAGAAGCAGCUGGGCUACCAAUCUAAAUACUCAGUCCAAAGACAGGUCAGUGAACAUCUAAAGAAGAGACGUUAGGUAUCCAUAGAGAAGACAGUAAAUGUUCAAAAAAGGAGACACUGAACACUCCAAGAGAAGCCAUUAAAAACAAGGAUACUGAACAGAGCAAGAGACAGUGGUCAACACUUUUUUGAUUAUCAACAAUCAAAUUGAAAAUUUGCAAUUCUCCUUUCACAUAGAUCAUUUUCUUAGAAAAGACCCAAUCCUAGUGCCAUCAUGAUUCCUUGUAUAGUGCAGUCCAUUGGCAUGAUAUUGGGUGGCAUAGCCAUGAUUCUCACAAUUGCUGUCUGCUGGAUUCCCCAUUGGAGAGUGUCUAUUGUAGUAGAAAGUGAUGGCUAUGGCAAGCGCCUCGAUGGACAUUGGAUAAGCCGUUGGGAUGGGCUUUGGGUAACCUGCGUGAGGCAAAGCAACUAUCCAAUGUCUUGUCAAUCCUAUUCUGCAUCCAUUGGUCUGACUCCAGACCUGAAGCUUUCCAGAGUGCUUAUGGCCUUUGCAGUACUGGCAGCAGUUACUGGGUUUUUGAAUGGUCUUAUUGGCAUGCUGUUGAACAAGUGCUGCAGGAAGAACCUAGACAUCCGUCGCUGCCUGCUACUUUUGACUGGUAUCAGCUACAUCAUUGCUGGAAUUCUCGUUCUAAUACCUGUGACACUCGUAGCCGUCAACGUCAUGAAAGCCGUUUGCUUUUCCUAUUGUGAAAGUGUCCAGCAGCAAGAAAUUGGUGAGGCCGUCAUGCUCGGAUGGCCAACUGCCCUGCUCUUCUUCAUUGGAGGAUCCAUAUUUUGCUGGUACUACCCUUGUCAGUGCAGAAAUGGGAGGUGCAUCCCUCCAUCAGAGUGCCAGCUACAACCUCACCCUUGUCCAGAGGAGAAACCUCUAGCAACAGAACUCUGUGUCUUUAAAAUUCAUUCCAGGAACAAUGAAGAUCUAAGAAUAUAGAUACAUUAGAAGAAAAAUGAUUAAAGCAGCAAUAUUCUGUCCAACCGAUAACUAGUAUGUUAAAUAUAACUAAACAGCAUUCUUUAAAGUAUCGUUGAAGAAA